AUUCAUAGUGUUGAAUGUACAUACUUUAAACAAAAAAAUCUUACUAUAGGUAAUAAUAAAAUACCUCAUAAUAUGGAACAGUAAAUAAAAGGAACUACAUAUAAAAAUCUCCCACUGUUAUCAUUGUUAGUUGUUAGUGUGUGCGAUUUAGCUUUCUAAGUGCACUAACAAACUGAAAACAACCAAUAUUAAUAAAAAUUCUGAUCAAACAAUAGCGCCGGAUAAAAUAAAUUACUAAUAAUACCAGUACCUACAUGUGUUUGUAUGUAUGUUCUUGUACUUUGAUGAUCUCAUGGUACAUAAGAUAAUUAUUUUGGGAUUAUAAAAUAAAUUUGGAGUAGUAAAAUAAAUAAUGUGAAUGACUUGGUGUGUGAGCGAGCGCAGUCGUAGAUCUUAUCACGGAUAAAUUUGAUAGUACAACUACUACACACGGUACCGUCAUUUAGGCUGGAUAGUUUCGGCUUUUUGUUGCAAAUCCGAUACACAUCUGCAAAAAUAAAAGCAUUGAGAAAAAAAAAGUGAAACACUAGUGGAGAGAUUGUCAUUAGCAGUACGACACUUUACAAAGAUAAAUUGCCGGAGAAAAUAAGGAAAAAAAUCAAAGUACAAUAGUUGAUAGUCAUUUGUAUUUGCUGAGCUGCCAUGAGACUUGGACGCAACUUCGUUAUGUUAAAAAUUAAAAAACACAUUGUAUAGCCUUACCUUGCAUUGCAUUUUUUAGUUGUCAGUGUUCACUGAUAGUGAUAUAUGCAUUUUAAGCAAUAAGUGUACUUCAGGACAAUGGCUGCUCACAAGACAGGUGGGCAAAAUGCUCGGAAAAAAGUUCAGGUGUCAAUGGUUAUUCGUGAUGAGGUAGAAAAAAAACACAGAGCGGGUGUUAAUUCUCUUCAAUAUGACCCAGCACUACACAGGCUUUAUUCUGCCGGUAGAGAUAGUAUUAUUAGGAUAUGGAACUGUAAAAACAUGAACGAACCUUUUAUUCAGUCGAUGGAACAUCAUACGGACUGGGUUAAUGAUAUUGUAUUAUGCUGUGGAGGAAAAAAUUUAAUUUCGGCAAGCUCAGACACUACAGUAAAAGUUUGGAAUGCUCACAAAGGUUUUUGCAUGUCAACAUUGAGAACUCAUAAAGAUUAUGUAAAGGCACUUGCGUAUGCCAAAGACAGAGAACAAGUGGCGAGUGCUGGACUAGAUAGACAAAUUUUCUUAUGGGAUGUUAAUACACUGACAGCUUUAACAGCGAGUAAUAAUACAGUAACAACAUCAUCUUUAGCUGGCAAUAAGGACUCAAUUUACAGUUUGGCGAUGAAUCCUCCAGGUACAGUAAUAGUCAGUGGCAGUACUGAAAAAGUAUUGCGAGUAUGGGAUCCAAGAACUUGUAAUAAAUUAAUGAAAUUACGUGGUCACGCGGAUAAUAUUAAAGCAUUAGUAUUAAAUCGUGAUGGCACUCAGUGUUUAUCAGCAAGUUCUGACGGUACGAUAAAAUUAUGGUCCCUUGCUCAACAAUUGUGUAUACAAACAUUCAGAGUACACACUGAGGGUGUUUGGGCGCUUUUGGCAACAGACACAUUUAGUCAUGUAAUAUCGGGUGGACGUGAUAAAAGGGUUAUUAUGACAGAAUUAAGGAAUCCAGAAAGAUAUACUGUGAUUUGUAAUGAGAGUGCGCCGAUAUUAAAAAUGGCAAUGACACCAGAUCAAUCGAGUAUUUGGGUAGCUACUAGUGAAUCGACAAUUAAUAAUUGGUGUAUCAAUCAAAGAGAUUGGCAAUGUGGUGAUUAUAGUGUUGAAACAGCGGGUAGUGGUAAUAGUGGAAUGGUACCUAAACAUACAGAGCCUGCUCAAAAAAUAUUCGGUGGUCCAGCAAUCAGGCAUCACGUUAUUUUAAAUGAUAGACGUUACGUUCUUACUAAAGACACUGAAGAAAAUAUCGCGCUUUAUGAUGUACUUAAAGCCUGUAAAGUAGAAGAUCUUGGACGCGUUGAUUUCGAUCAAGAAGUUAAAAAAAGAAAUAAAAUGGUUUAUAUUCCAAGUUGGUUUAAUGUAGAUCUUAAAACUGGUAUGCUGACUAUUCAUCUAGGACAAGAUGAAAACGACUGCUUCUCGGCAUGGGUUUCCGCAAGAGAUACUGGGAUUACUGAUAAUGAUAAUGUUGAUCAAAAAGUUAACUACGGUAAUUUAUUAUUGCAAGCGUUGCUUGAACAGUGGUGGAAACCAAUGCAUGCUGACGAUGAAAAUGAAGGUAAUAGUAAUGAUGGAAGUGGUCAAGCACAUGUCAGAGAUGGAAAUCUUUAUUUCCCAGUACCUGGUCACACACCAGUUAUAUUCAGUGAAGUUGGUGGAAAAACGCUAUACAGACUUUUAGUACGAGACGCAGCUGGUGAAACUGAACGAGCUCUUUUAAACGAAACAGUACCUUCGUGGGUUGUGGAUAUUGUUGUUGAUAAAAAUCUACCGAAAUUUAUAAAAAUUCCAUUCCAUUUAUCGCCACACCCAUCAUCAGGUUUUAAAAAUUUUAAAAAAGAUCGAUUGAUUGCUAAUGAUUUUAUUCAAGUUCGUAAAGUUAUCGAGCAUGUAUAUGACAAAGUUUUGGGUGCUGGAAGUGACUCGGGAUCAGUAGCUGGUGGUGGAAAUACAGUGUCAAGUGGGUCACCAGCAGGUGAUCGUGCUAAUACGGACUCAAAUGCUGAUAAUUCAUCUCUAGCUGAGGAAAAAGUUGAACUUCUUUGUAAUGAUCAAGUAUUAGACCCUUCAAUGGAUUUAAGAACAGUAAAACACUUUAUUUGGAAGAACUCAGCGGAUUUGACACUUUACUAUCGACCUGUUAAAUAGUUAGGGUUUCGAUUAACAAGUAAUGGACCUCUCAAAUGUGCCUGGUUUUGUGCCGCGGCUAAAUAAAAUCGUCCUCACGAAAAACUGUUAUUGAUAAAAAUUCAAUUUUAUUGCGCCUCAAUGCUACGUUGCCAAAAAAAAAAAAAAAAAAAAAAACACCAUUAAGAAUGAUUGUAAAAUGUGGAUUGAAUUAUAACAUAUAAUUAAUAAAAUGAAAAGUAACAAGAGUCGGUGAAACGGGUUUAAUUCACAGAGUAUUGAUUUAUUUUUCAUGAAUGUUUUGAUGAGGCUACAAGAUAAAAGAUAAGAGAAUAAUAAAAUAAAAAAUGCAUUUAGUGUAAAUGUAUGAAUAUUAGAAAUGAUAUUUGAUUAUGGCAUAGUAAUAAUAUUCCCAUCGCCAAAUUUCAUCGUAUAUAUUUAUAAAUAAAGAUGUUUUACCGACUCAUUUCAUACCUAUAAAAAAAUCAUUCGUACGUCGAUGAUAACUAUUUUUAUUUUAAUUAGUUCAUUCUUUGUCUUCCUAUGUAAAGAGGACAUCAGUAAAUAUGUCACGACAGCAUACUGUUCAUAAAAAUAAUCAAGAGUUUUAAUUUGUAGAUACAUCAAUUGAUUGUAUAUGUAUAUUUAUUGAAUUUCUUUAUAACUCUUGAUUUUAAAAUUUAGUUGAAAAUAAUUUUGGUUGUUGUCUAAUCUUAUGCACUUAUGUUAAACUUAUUCCUCUUAUUAAUUUUAUUCUAUAUUACUUGGUUACUUUUCGAAAAAUAAUUUUUCCUUAGGUAAAAAAAUAUGCGAUAAUAUAUAAAUUAAUUUUGAUAUUCUUAAGUGUAAUUUAUUAUCAACUUACACUUGGCCUAAAAUCUUAUUUUAAUGGUAAUGACUUUGUUAUAAAAAAAAAAUUGCUUUAAGUAGGAAUAUCGAUUUGCCGUUAAUUAAAUAUUUUGGUGUACUAUUUAAAUAUUAAUUACACUAACUUUAUACAUCAUGUUCAUCCAUCUAAUAUUAAUUAUAAUUACAAAUAAAUGAAAAUGUAUAUACAUAAAAAGUAAAAAUCCCUUCAAAUAUAUCUGUCGUCUUGUAAUCCACUCAUAUAAUAAUGCGUUGUCAUGUAUUCACUUAACGAUUAUUGGAUUAUUAUCGAUCAAAAUCAUUUUUAUUUAUAACCCCAGUACAAGGGAUUAACUUAAAACUUCAUUAAUAAAUCAAAAUGUAUAAAUAAGUAAAUACCAACCGUAUGACAAUUAUUUAAUUGUUAGAAAUGUGUGCAGUUAUUAUAGAUAUAAAACUAUUUCAAAGCUGUAUAAAUAAAUUUUAAAUAUUCUAUCUUAU